AUGAGGGUUUGCAGUGUGUUCCUGUUGGUGUGGGGUGCAGUAGCCCUUGCUUCGGUGGUCAGCAUCAAAUCUGAAGAUCAAUUCUACGCGCUGGUGGACAAUGGCCGAUACUCGCUCAUAAAGUACUACACGGCGUGGUGCUCGCACUGCAAGCACCUGGCGCCCGUGUUCGUUGAGCUCAGCGACAGGGAGCUUGCGAUGCCCGCGGGCGCCGAGGUGCAGUUCCUCGAGGUUGACUGCGAUCGCUUCGGUAACUCGCUCUGUGCCCGGCUCCCUGGCUUCCCGGUGCUAGAGCUCGUGCGGCCGUCCGCGCAAGACGGGCCGGAGGCUGCCCCGCAGCCUCCGGCCGCUGGUGGCUGGCGCCGCGUUCUGCACUGGCUGCAUGCGCUCCUUCCGCAGCAGCACCCGUUCCGCGUCCCCGAAGACCGCAUCGCGGAGUUCAGAGGCAGCAGAACUGCCGACACCAUCGCCUCGUUUAUCCAGCAGGUGGUGCGGAACGACCGUCUGGAGGAGCUCGCGCAGCGCGUGCUCGACGGCGCAGCGCAGGAAGACGAACCGCUGGUCCACAAUGGUCGCGCCUAUCUGGCCUCUGUCGCCGGUAAAGAUCUCCGCGAGGAGAGAAACAGGCUCGAGACGCUGCUCGGCUCUGACGUCGGCAUCUCCAAGGCGGAGGAGCUGCGCUUACACCUUUCCAUUGUGAGCAAGCUACAGGAAGCUGAUUCCGCCCUGCUAGAUGAUGAGCUUUGA